UGUAAAGUCUCGCGAGAGUUUGCCGCAGCGGCUGAGCGAGAGCGGGCGGGGAGUAACUUUGUUCUUAACUUGGGCAAGAGGAAAACGGAGUCCGGGAGGACCGGGCGGAGAACGUGUCGGUUGCCGUGGGGAUGUUGACGGACAGGGGCCCGUAGAAGAGAUGGGGGAGGGGUUAUCGCGGGCUCUGGAAGCUGCUGAUUUGUGUGCGGACAAUGAGGGUCUGUGAGAGCUGCAGGAGGAGCCCUGACACAAUCCCAGGUUGCACUGGUUAGAGGCAUUGCUUGGAUGGCCUGACAAAUCUGGAUUCAGAAACCCUGGAAAGGAAGUCUUUCUGGAAAACACAAAUAAAAUGAAGACAGCUGUUGCAUUCCAUGCAAGUUACUAAGAAAAAACACUUUUUUCCCCUCCUUCUAUCUUCACCUUUACAGAUCUCAUGAAACCAGUGCAAUUUCUGGAGUAUUUUCUCCAGGAGACCCUCGUACAGAACAAACAUGGGCGUGUUUUAUUCUGGAAGGUUUUAAGUUCAAGAGUAUUUUCAGAUCAUGACCAGUUUGAAAAGGUCCCAGACUGAGAGGUCAGUUGCAAGUGGAAUCCAAACUGCUGUACCAGAUGGACCACAAAAAGCUCGUUCAGAUGACUUUUAUAUGAGGCGUUUCAGGUCACAGAAUGGUAGCUUAGGUUCAUCUGCAAUGUCUCCUGUUGGGCCACCACGCAGUGAAAGUUCCCAUCAUAUAUCUGCUACGCCUGGUGUUCCUAAGAUGGGUGUAAGGGCAAGAAUUGCAGAUUGGCCUCCUAGAAAAGAAAAUGUGAAAGAAGCAAGCAAGACUAGUCAGGAUGCUGAAACAACAAGUAUUGAUACUGUGUCUGUUAAAUGUAGUCCUAGUAGUCAAGUUAGCAUGUCAAGCAUGAAUUCAAGUGAUUCUGCUAUGCUGAAGAGUAUACAGAAUACCCUCAAAAACAAAACCAGACAGGCUGAAAGUUUAGACUCAAGGUUUCUUUCCCCUGAAGGUUUUUCCAGCGCUAGCUCUCCAAGAAAAGUAGUUCGCAGGCUAAGGCAACGGAGCAACAGUGAUAUUACAAUAAGUGAAUUUGAUAUGGAUAAUUUUGAAGAGUGUAUGUCGCCAACUUUUAAAACAGGCCCUUCAUUACAUAGAGAGUACGGCAGUACCUCAUCAAUCGAUAAGCAGGGGACUUCAGGGGAGAGUUUGUUUGACUUAUUAAAAGGAUACAAAAACGAAAAAUCUGACCACCGUGCCCAUGGACCAUCAAAACUAAGUGAACUGCUUUUGAGUAGUGGAAACCGAGGAUCUGGCUUUUCAUUGGAUGUUAUAGAUGGUCAGAGGGAGGGGCAUAGAGCUUUCAAGGAUAGAGAAAAACAACUUAAAAGACGUUCCAAAUCAGAGACUGGAGACUCUUCCAUUUUUCGCAAGCUGCGUAAUGCCAAAGGGGAAGGAGAAUUAGGAAAGUCCUCCGAUAUAGAAGAUAGCCGUUCUGAUGAUAGCCUCAGACCUUGGACUUGCCCUAAAUGUUUUGCACAUUAUGAUAUUCAGAGUGUUCUGUUUGAUUUGAAUGAAGUCGUCAUAAAUAGACAAAAUGUCAUCAAAAGAAAAAAUACAACAACAGGUGCUUCUGCUGCUGCUGCUGCCGCAUCUCUUGUUGCUGGGCCAUUGUCACACUCCUCGAGUUUUAACUCUCCAACAGGCAGCACAGAGGAUUUAAACCCAAAAGAAUCCAUGGACCAAGGAGAUGACAAAAGCAAUGACUUGGUACUGAGCUGCCCAUACUUCCGGAAUGAGAUGGGUGGAGAGUCUGAAAAGAAGGUCAGCUUGACAAAAUCAAAUUCUGGUUCCUUUUCUGGAUGUGAAAAUUCUUCUUUUGAGUCUACGUUGAGCUCACAUUGUGCAAAUGCUGGUUUGGCUGUUCUGGAGGUUCCCAAAGAAAACCUAGUUCUGCACAUUGACCGAGCAAAAAGAUACAUUGUUGAGCAUGUUGAUCUUGGUGCUUAUUAUUUUCGGAAGUAUUUCUAUCAAAAAGAACAUUGGAAUUACUUUGGCUCAGAUGAGAACCUAGGUCCAGUUGCUGUGAGCGUGCGAAGAGAAAAGUUGGAAGAUGCUAAAGAAAAUGGGCCACAGUACAACUAUCGUGUAAUCUUCAGAUCCAGUGAGCUUAUGACGUUACGAGGAUCUGUGCUGGAAGAUGCCGUCCCAUCCACUGCAAAACAUGGCACCGCUCGAGCAUUACCCCUUAAAGAAGUCCUUGAGCACAUUGUUCCGGAGCUGAAUGUUCAGUGUCUCAGACUGGCCUUCAACACUCCCAAAGUCACAGAGCAACUGCUGAAGCUGGAUGAGCAAGGGCUAAGCUACCAGCUGAAAGUGGGCAUCAUGUACUGCAAAGCCGGCCAGAGUACAGAGGAGGAAAUGUACAAUAAUGAGUCAGCAGGACCUGCCUUUGAAGAAUUCCUUCAACUUUUGGGAGAACGGGUGCGACUUAAGGGAUUUGAAAAGUAUAGAGCUCAGCUGGAUACCAAAACUGAUUCAACUGGUACCCACUCACUUUAUACAACAUACAAGGAUUAUGAGAUUAUGUUCCAUGUAUCUACUAUGUUGCCAUAUACUCCAAACAACAAGCAACAGCUGCUGAGAAAGCGCCACAUUGGCAAUGAUAUUGUGACAAUAGUGUUUCAAGAGCCAGGAGCCCUGCCGUUCAGCCCGAAGAACAUCCGCUCUCAUUUUCAGCAUGUCUUCGUUAUUGUGAGAGCCCACAACCCUUGCACUGACUCUGUUUGCUACAGUGUGGCUGUUACAAGAUCCAGAGAUGUCCCUGGCUUUGGACCACCUAUCCCAAAAAGCUUUAAUUUCCCUAAAUCCACCGUAUUCAGGGACUUCCUUUUAGCAAAAGUCAUUAACGGUGAGAACGCAGCUCACAAGUCGGAAAAAUUCUUGGCCAUGGCUACCAGGACCCAUCAGGAAUAUCUAAAGGACCUUGUUGAAAAAAAUGUCACCAACACUUCUAUCGACUCCUCCGGAAAGUUCCCUUUUAUCUCUUUAGCCUCAAAGAAAAAGGAGAAGUCGAAACCAUAUCCUUGGGCUGAACUGUACAGUAAUGGUGCCAUAGUGUGGAAUGUCCAAGUGGAAGACUUCAGCAAUGCACUGGAGAUCGAGUGCUUUUUGUGUAUCUCUAAUGAAAUAAUGGCACUGAUUGAUCACGAUACAAAAAGUGUUAUUUUUAACUGUUUCAGUCGGGAUGUUAUAGGCUGGACCUCCAACAACACAAUGAUUAAGAUGUUUUAUGAGAGAGGCGAGUGUGUUUUUGUCAGGAGUUUAAACAACAACAGCGAAGACAUCAAGGAAAUUGUCAAAAGACUGGAAAAUAUUACUAAAGGGUGUGAGACAGUUGAGAUGACUCUAAGAAGAAAUGGCUUGGGACAGCUUGGCUUCCAUGUAAAUUAUGAAGGAAUCGUUGCAGAGGUGGAACCUUAUGGCUAUGCUUGGCAAGCUGGAUUAAGACAAGGAAGUCGAUUGGUGGAGAUCUGCAAAGUUGCUGUUGCCACACUGAGUCAUGAGCAAAUGAUUGACCUUCUCAGAACGUCCGUGACUGUAAAGGUUGUCAUCAUCCCACCACAAGAAGAUGGAAUUCCUCGCAGGGGCUGUUCGGAAACAUUUCACUUACCGUCAGUAGAGUAUAAGAUGAAUGAAAUGGUUUCCUAUGAACUGAAAUUUCCAUUCAGAAACAACAACAAGUGGCAGAGGAAUGCAGCAAAGGGAGAGAGUGGUCAGUUGAGACAAGUUCCCUCGCAGUUGCAGAGUCCUGUUUCUUCAAGAGUGUCUUCUGUAAAGGGGGAAGGCAAGAUGCAAACACAAGAGCGGACCACAAAUAUUCCACGCAGCAUCUCCAGUGAUGGCCGUCCAUUGGAGAAUAAGAGGCUUUCUCCAGGUUCAGACAUUUAUGUCACAGUUUCCUCCGUUGCUAUUAACCGACCGCAGCCAUGCCGCAACUCUCCCAGUAACCUUUCAUCAUCUAGUGACACAGGAUCUACUGGAGGCUCUCAUCGUAGACAAAAAUCAAUGCCUGAAGGUUUUGGAGUUGGUCGUAGAUCACCUGCUUCAAUUGACAGGCAAAGCACUCAAACUGAUACAGCAGGCAGCGGCAAGUCAACUCCUAGUUGGCAGAGAAGUGAUGAUGGAGCUCCUGAACAAAUCGAACCAACUUGUCAUCUCCCAGCUGUCUCUAAAAUACAUCCAUCAUAUAGAGACAGUCCAACGGGACGACUCAUUCGUCAGGACCCUGUUCUUCAUCUCUCUCCGCUCAAGCAGGGACAGACUGAUAGCCACUAUUCCAGCCAUUCCAGCACAAAUACUCUUUCCAGCAAUGCCUCAAGUGCGCACAGUGAUGACAAAUGGUAUGACAGUGGAGAACGUUUAGAUUCCGACAUAAACAGUUACACCUACAUUCAAGGAACAUCGGCUGACAGUGGAAUAGACACCACCUCAUACGCCACCAACCAUGUCAAUGCCGCCUCUCAUGGCAACUCUUCAACCUCACCACGCUCAGGUCCUGCAAAGGAAAAAGUGGCCCCUCUGUGGCAUAGUAUCAGUGAUGUGGGAUUAAUCACUGAUAGGACUUGUGACAGAGACUCGCAUUCGUUAGAUGUUAAGCGGGAGUCCCCUGUGGCUAUGGACAGUCACUCAAAGAGUCAGAUUGGCUCCAAGCCCUUAACAAGAGAAAACAGUGCCUACAGCCUCAGUGAUACAGCCUCUCACACAAGCACCAUGAGUUCUCGGCACUCAGCGAGUCCUGUUGUUUUCACUAGUGCCAGAAGUUCCCCCAAGGAAGAGUCCCAUUCUUCUACUUCCCCACAACUUGCACCUUCUUUCUCCUCCUCCUCUUCCUCCUCCUCCUCUGGUCCUAGAACUUUCUACCCUCGCCAGGGUGCUACCAGCAAGUACCUGAUUGGAUGGAAAAAACCAGAAGGGACAAUAAACUCUGUGGGCUUUAUGGAUUCAAGAAAACACCACCAGAUUGAUUGUAAUGACCUGCCCCCGACAAGGCUCAGAGAUCUACAGGCCUCCCCGAAGAGAGCGUCUACAGUGCAGGAGAAACUCAUUGAAUUAGACAUCCCACUGAGUGGAUCAGAGAAGACAUUAAUGACGCCGUUUCCGGCAAGUCCAACCACCAGACGAUCGCUGCACAGGACCCUGUCAGAUGAAAGUAUAUAUAGCGGCCAGCGAGGAAUGCUUUAUGUCAAUUCAAGGGCUUCACUUCUGGAUCAAGCGCUUCCUAAUGAUGUCCUAUUCAGUAGCACCUACCCAUCUUUGAACAAGUCAAUAUCAUUACGCAGACCUUCAUAUACUCUUGGAGUGAAAGCAGUACAUGGUGAGUUUUCUGCUUCUGAUACUUCACUCACUGACAUCCAUGAUCAUAGGAGGCAAGCCAUGCCUGAUCCUGGCCUCAUGCCCCUCCCUGAUGCUGCUUCCGACCUUGAAUGGUCAAACCUGGUAGAUGUUGCAAAAGCCUUUGAGGUUCAAAGAGCCACAUUCUUUGUUAGUCCUGAUGAAGAACACCGACCUGGGAGCACUGAAUCCUUGGGUGACCAAACAGAGAGCCAGUCUGCAUCUCAAACCAACACAUACUUUGGGAAAGAGUCUCCUGCAACACUUGGCUCCAAAGUGGAACAGCUGGAAGGCAUGCUCAAAAUGCUGCAGUAUGAUUUGAAAAAGGAAAGAGAAGAUAAAGCCAACCUUCAGGCUGAAGUUCAGCUUUUACGUGAGGACAAUAUGCGUUUGCAAGAGGAAUCCCAGAACGCUUCGGCCAAGCUGAAAAAAUUUACAGAAUGGGUUUUCAACACCAUAGAUAUGAGCUAAGGACAGGUUUGAUCGCAAGCAAAGCCCAUCACGUCUCCAUAACUUAGCACUGUAGCUUUAACUGCUCCUGGAUCAACAUGUACAUGAAGCAGAGCCACAACCUCUACUGUAUCCGUAUUGUUUCAGCAACACACACACACGCAGCCGCUUUUGACUUCAGAAAGCAGCACAAUUGCCAUUUCUGGCCUCAUUUCCAGACAUGUCAACCCUGUGCGGAGUUUUUCCUGGUUUGUAUCACUUUGCAUUAACCUAAGAAAGAGACAAAAACCUAGAAGACAAAAAUUUAGACUUAAAGUAAAAUGGUGCAUUAAAAUAUACUCCUCUUAUCAGA